UCAUUAUAAAUAUGCACAGGCCCCUCCUAAAAUCCCAGAAUGAAUGAAAGGCUCAAUAUAUUAUUCUGCAAAUGCAUACUCGUUAUGCUACCAUCUCCAUUUUUAUCCUUCUCAUUUCCAGCACACAUGCUGUCUUCACCAGACGACCACACCCUUACCUCAGUGCGGCAAACCAAUUCAUGGCUCCUCAAAAUGCUGCCCGUGCCUCUUUGAGGAUUCGGCCAUUAGUGUGGGAUGCAAAUUUGGCACGUUACGCGCAAUCGUAUUGCAAUCAAAGGCGCUACGACUGUGAUUUAAAGCAUUCUAAUGGACCAUACGGUGAGAACAUCUUCUGGGGCAGUGGCAGUGGUUGGAGUCCAGCUCAGGCCGCCGCCGCAUGGGUCUCGGAGCGUAAAUGGUAUGAUUAUUGGUCUAAUUCUUGUGCCGAGGAUCAAGAAUGUGGACAUUAUACUCAAAUUGUUUGGAACAGCACAGAAAGAAUUGGGUGUGCUAGGGUGGAUUGUUUUCGUGGAAGGGGAGUUUUCAUGUCUUGCAACUAUGAUCCUCCUGGGAAUUAUAUUGGAGAAAAGCCUUAUUGAAUGUGUUUCUUGAAA